AUGAAAGGCUUUUGGCUGCUGUUGGUGCUCGUGGCUGCAGCUCAGGCUGAGAAGGUCUUCAUUGGAGAUCAGGUCAUUAGGAUCAAUGUGGAGUCUGAGGAACAGAUCCAGCUCCUGCAGGCUCUGGAGAGGGAACAGGACUGGGAGUUGGACUUCUGGCUCCACCCUGUCUCCACUGAGCUUCCUGUUGACAUCCGAGUGCCCUACUCCAGCCUGAGCGCUGUCAAAGACUACCUGAGUGCCCACAACAUCCCCUUCUCUGUCAUGAUCAACAACCUUCAGGAGCUCCUGGAUGAGGAGAAAUCUGAGAUGGAGGAGAACCAGAUGAGGGAACGCGGCACCGGGGGCUUUAACUUCGGAGCUUACCAUCCUUUGGAGACAAUCUACAGCUGGAUGGACACCCUGGUGGCUGAGCACCCUAACCUUAUCACCAAAGUGGAAAUCGGAAGAUCCUAUGAGAACAGGCCCAUGUUUGUGCUCAAGUUCAGCACUGGUGGCAACAAGCGUCCUGCUAUCUGGAUUGACACUGGAAUCCACUCCAGAGAGUGGGUGUCUCAGGCUACCGGAGUGUGGACUGCCAACAAGAUUGCCGCUGACUAUGGCACUGAUGCUUCCCUGACUUCCCUUCUGAAAACCAUGGACAUUUACAUGCUGAUCCUGGCCAACCCUGACGGCUACGUGUACACCCACACCAGUGACCGUAUGUGGCGUAAGACUCGCUCCAGGAACCCAGGCUCUAUGUGUCGUGGUGUGGAUCCCAACAGGAACUGGGAUGCAGGCUUUAGUGGUCCUGGUGCCAGUAACAAGCCCUGCUCAGAUUCCUACCACGGCCCCUCGGCCCACUCUGAGGUUGAGGUGAAGAAUGUGGUGAACCUGAUCAAGAGCCAUGGAAAUUUCAAGUCCUUCAUCUCUGUCCAUGCCUAUUCCCAGCUGCUCAUGUAUCCUUACGGCUACAACUGCAGAGACGUGUCCCAUCAGCGAGAGCUGGACUCCAUUGGCAGAGCUGCAGUGCAGAAACUCACCUCCCUUUAUGGUACCAGGUACAAGGUUGGAAGCAUCUGCAAAAUCAUCUACCAAGCCAGUGGCGGCAGUAUUGAUUGGUCCUAUAACCUGGGCAUUAAGUACUCCUUCGCCUUCGAGCUGAGGGACACUGGUCGCUAUGGUUUCAUCCUGCCAGCCAAUCAGAUCAUCCCCACUGCCUCCGAGACCUGGCUGGCCCUGAAGCACAUCAUGGAGUACGUCCGUGACCAUCCUUAUUGAUGACUGGACCCACUGAUGCAGUGUAGGGUGAACUUGAACUCAGUUUACCCACCUCUUUUUCUGAAGCUGACCUAUUCUGUAUGAGCUAAUGUCAUAAUUGAUGUUUGUCUUAUGAUGGUCACUAAA